AUGAGUGAAAAAUUAGGAGGACCGGGGAAAGUUGUACAAAUAGAUGAAUCUCUUUUUAGAGGUCGUCGAAAGUACAACCGAGGAAGACUUCUUCUUGAUAAUUUUAUGGAGAUUAAUGGCAUUAACAAUCGCACUAACAACUUUGGUAAUAGAGUUGAUGGACCAUGGGUUUUUGGAAUGCCAGAACAAGGCUCCAGGAAAGUCAAAAUGUUUCUUGUAGAGAAAUGA